GCCAUGCCCCGCAACCACAGCGGAGAUGAAGGCGGCACGGGGCUCUGGAUGAAAACUUCUCCGGGCCACCGCGCCGAGGGCUAUGACUUGAAGGAUGUGGAGUCCGGCCGAAGGAUGAUGAACAACGCCAGUGCUGGGGACGGUUUGCUGUCGGCCUCCAGUGCUACAGGUGCCGGGGGUUCGGAGAGCCUGAGGGGAAACAAGGGAGCCCGGCUCAGCCUGCUGGGGAAGCCGCUCAUAUACAGCGCUCAGAGCGGCCGGAGAAACGUCCGUUACCGAAGGCUGCAAAAUUUACUGUACAACGUGCUGGAGAGACCACGAGCCUGGGCGUUCAUCUACCAUGCGUUUGUGUUCGUCCUGGUCUUCGGUUGCUUGGUCCUGUCUGUGUUCUCCACCAUUCCGGCUCACCAGGACUUCUCUUCCGACUGUCUGCUCAUCCUGGAGUUUGUGAUGAUCGUGGUGUUUGGGCUGGAGUACAUCAUCAGGAUCUGGUCGGCCGGCUGCUGCUGUCGCUACAGAGGAUGGCAGGGUCGCCUCCGUUUCGCCCGGAAGCCUUUCUGUGUCAUAGACAUCAUCGUACUGAUAGCCUCCGUAGCGGUGGUGUCGGCAGGAAGCCAGGGUAACAUCUUCGCCACGUCCGCCCUGCGUAGUCUCCGCUUCCUGCAGAUCCUGCGUAUGGUGCGCAUGGACCGGCGCGGCGGCACCUGGAAACUGCUGGGAUCAGUGGUGUACGCACACAGCAAGGAGCUGGUGACGGCCUGGUACAUUGGCUUCCUGGUCCUCAUCUUCUCCUCCUUUCUGGUCUACCUUGUGGAGAACAAGUUCAACAGCGAGUUUGCCACCUAUGCUGAUGCCUUAUGGUGGGGAACGAUCACCUUGACAACCAUUGGAUACGGGGACAAGACCCCGAAGACAUGGACCGGGCGUAUGCUCUCAGCUGGGUUUGCACUACUGGGGAUCUCUUUCUUUGCCCUGCCAGCGGGUAUACUGGGCUCAGGCUUUGCCCUGAAGGUCCAGGAGCAGCACAGACAGAAGCACUUUGAGAAGAGGAGGAACCCAGCCGCUUGUCUCAUCCAGUGUGUUUGGCGUAGUUAUGCGGCUGAUGAGAACUCGGUUUCCAUUGCUACCUGGAAGCCUCAUUUGAAGGCGUUGCAUACCUGCAGCCCUACAAAGAAGGACCAGGGUGAAUCGUCCACAAGCCAGAAGCUGAGUUUCAAAGACCGGGUCCGGAUGGCGAGCCCCAGGGGGCAGAGUAUUAAGAGCCGGCAGACGUCGGUGAGCGACCGGCGGUCCCCGGGGACUGAGGCUGGGGGUACGGAGGGCACCAGCCCUGCCAAGGUCCAGAAGAGCUGGAGCUUCAAUGACCGCACCCGAUUCAGACCCUCCCUCCGCCUCAAGAUCCAAUCACGGUCCACUGCCGAUGCUGACUCUAACAUGACCACUGAGGAUGGGUUCGGUGAUGACAAGGGGUGUCACUGUGAGAUCUCUGUGGAGGACCUGCUGCCUUCCGUCAAGUCUGUCAUCCGAGCCGUCAGGAUAAUGAAGUUCCAUGUGGCCAAGAAGAAGUUUAAGGAGACGUUGCGUCCGUACGAUGUGAAGGACGUCAUAGAGCAGUACUCCGCCGGCCACCUGGACAUGCUGUGUCGCAUCAAGAGUCUGCAAACACGAGUGGACCAGAUCCUGGGUAAAGGCCAGAUUCCUCUGGAUAAGAAGAUCCGGGACAAGCUGCUGUCUGAUGGAGACCUGCUGGAGGACAUGAGUAUGCUGGGACGCGUCUGUAAAGUGGAACGGCAGGUCCAGUCUAUUGAGUCGAAGCUAGACUCCCUGUUGGACAUCUACCGGCAUGUGCUACGUAAAGGCUCCUCCUCUGCCCUUACCCUCUCCUCCUUGCCCCUGUUUGAGCUGGAGCAGACCUCAGACUACCAGAGCUCUAUCCUCUUCGAGGACCACUCCACCUGCUCUACCCAGGUCAGCAGCACCAGAGGUGGGCCAGGGAUAGAGGGCCAAGGGGAAUGCGUGACCCGCUCCUCCACCAACGCCUCAAACCUGUCCCGGGGACUUCACCUUAUCCUGGCGCCGUCCACCGAGCUCAGCCUCAACCUCAACACUGGCACCACCUCGCCUUCUACCAGUGGGCCCCCGCCCUCCUCCUUCAGUCCACCGCCCCUUCCUCAACACCACCAACAUCAUCAUCAUCAUACCCUGCCGGAAAGUGGGGAACCAGUCCAUAGAGGAAGUUCUUCUCACUCACCUCCUAUUCUUACUCCUAAUUGUGUAUCUGGAGGUGGGGGGUUUCCUACUCUGGCCAGGCCCCCACCACCUCCUCCCCAGCCCAGCCGGACAGUGGGUCACUCCAGGCCGGAGAGGGAAAGGGAGGUGGAGGUGGGUGACUUCUGUGGAAGCCCGGAGGAGAGGGAGGAUGGUGAUGUGUUAGGCCCAGAACAAGGCCUCAGAAUCGGGAGGCUGGGGCAGCCAAGAGGGGGGUCCAGUGGGAACAGCAAUGGCCGGCCCUGCAAUGCCAAAGCAGAGGGCUCCUGGAGGAGACACACGAGCCUGGAGAUGGAGCCCCUGGUACCCAUCUCUUCUGCUCUGGGAGGAGGAGGUGGCGGCUCCUCCGGCUCCAACCCCAGCCAGGUGGACCGAAGCCUGGGCAAGUCCAUGUCCGUCCAAAACCUGGGGCAGAGGGGGUCAACCACCUCCAGGGCCCUGGAUAGCCACCACCAUCCUAGCCUCAGCCUCUCCUCCCCCAGCCCCUGCAGCAGCGACUCCCCCACAGGCUCCCACAGUAGUCAGGACCCUGGGGGAGGGGGCGGCGGGGAUGGCUGGGGGGAGGAGGACCUCUUUAUCAGCGACAGGGACGUGGACGCCCUCCCUCUCCCCCCCGAGGCUCAAGGUGGAGCUUUUGGCUUUGACUUCCUGUCCCAGGGGACAGCCGACGCGACCUCUUACUCUUCAGAGCUACUGAGGACAGACCCGGGGCUUGGGGCGGGGUUAAGUGCUCUGGCAGGGUUCAAUAGGAGCCUGGCGAGCGGGAGCGGGAACAUGUCAUCGCCCCCCUCAGUCGGGAGCACCGAGUCCCUGAGCAUGCCGCACGUACGGCUAAAAUAA